UUCUAAUCCCGCCGAGUGAUACUGCGUCCUCCAAAGUCUGCAAGCAGCACUCUCUCGCGGGAUAUUGUCAUCAUUUGCGCAUUCGGCUGGCGCGCCUCUCGGAAAAACAGUUAAUUAAGCGACCAUGAUACGCAACACGAUUGAGAUUGGGGAGCCGUUUAGUCCGGCUAAGAUUCAUCCGCUCUUGUCCCCACAACCCAACAAGAGUUCCUCCGACCUUAACCCCGUCGAUGCAUCAUUAAGCAAUCUCACCCGCCCUACUCCGCAGCCUCCGCAGACCAACGUCCACAGCCCUCAGGACGCGCCGUAUAAUGCUUCAUCGGUAGCAACUACAGAAAUAGGCGGUGCGCCCGCAGCAUCCGGAUCCGAAACACAGCCAGCUAUUCUGACACCAGACGAGUCAGCUCGGGACGAACAACCGGCUGUUAUCAGCACCUCGUCGUCGAUUGAAAACCUCACGGUUCUACCGCGUGUGCCUUCAUUUCAAGAGCACCGCAACCGGAAACACCAUAAGAACGCUUAUUCCUUCGACUCAGCAAUACCCCGCCAGACCAUACUCAAAGCGCUGCAAUCACGGCCACCGACGACACAGUCCAUGGAUACAGUACUGAUGGAGGAAACGAGAGACGAGGGCAAGACCCAGCGGUCAAAGAGCAUCACCCACCAGCGGUUGGCAGACGCGCUCUCAGAGCUCAAGCUACACUCGGACGAUGUCACUGCAAGCAAGAUGGCUGCGCUCGCAUCACCAUGUUUCUUCCACAAGAAGUUCGACAAGGCGGUCAACUUGGAUAAAGUGUUGGAGGAAAUGGCCGACGACGACACAAUAUCGCACUCGAGACUCAUGCAGACGGCAUUUAGUGUCCGCGAGGUCUCGAAGCAGCUCCAGCGCCGCCCCAUCAAGAUGACGGUGCGAAAUGUUAUGAUUGUAACAAAGGCCCGCGACAAUAACCUCGUAUACCUCACACGCGAGCUGGCAGAAUGGCUACUCACAACUUCUCGCUAUGGCUCAGACGUGGGAGUGAACGUCUACGUCGAUCACAAACUGCGCAAAUCCAAGCGCUUCGAUGCACCCUCUCUACUAGCCAAAGACGAGAGAUUUGAAAGCAUGCUUCGCUGGUGGACACCAGACCUUUGCUGGGAAUCUCCGGAGUUCUUUGACCUUGUGCUGACGCUGGGGGGAGAUGGCACAGUCCUAUUCACCUCCUGGCUUUUCCAGCGCAUCGUUCCGCCUAUCUUAUCCUUCUCCCUGGGAAGCCUGGGUUUCCUUACAAACUUCGAAUUUGCACAGUACCAGCCUGCCUUGAAUAAGAUCAUGACAGAGACUGGUAUGCGAGUAAACUUGCGCAUGCGCUUCACCUGCACCGUGUAUCGCUACCAGAAGAACGAUGCCCCUGGUGCACCUCAACACAUCGAGGCAGAGCAAUUUGAAGUUCUGAAUGAGCUUGUUAUCGACCGCGGCCCAUCACCCUACGUGUCCAACCUUGAGCUCUAUGGCGACAACAACCUCCUCACUGUUGUACAAGCAGACGGCUGCAUCUUCUCCACUCCCACUGGCUCAACAGCAUACUCCCUCUCCGCAGGCGGCUCCCUCGUUCACCCUGACAUCCCAGCCAUCCUACUCACACCCAUCUGCCCACACACACUGUCCUUCCGGCCCAUGCUCCUAAACGACAGCAUGCUCCUCCGCAUCGCCGUGCCCCUCAAGUCACGUGCUACCGCCUACUGCGCCUUUGACGGCAAAGGCCGCGUCGAGCUUCGUCAAGGGGACCACGUCACCAUCGCCGCUUCGCAAUACCCUUUCCCUACCGUGCUGUCGCAACCGACUGAGUGGUUUGAUAGCAUUAGUCGCACGCUCAGAUGGAACUCGCGUGGUGCGACCCAAAAGGCGUGGGAUGGUGAUGAGAAUGGCGAGGCAGAAGAGAACAAAGAGCCAGACUUUGAUAUCGAUUUCGAUGACGAUGAUCUUGAUCGAGAUUCGGGGUAUAGUGCUGAAGGCUCGACGGCUGAUGGAAGGGGAAGCCCUAUGCGGAAGGGAGUCGUCCUGCCAUUCAUGUAGCUCCAUCUUCUAGACCUGGGGUCUUUAUUCCCGCUGCUGCUUGGGCGGGUCCCAGUGGUUCUUUACCUGGGGUGGUUUGCUUCGUCAUAUUCUUAACUUUGCCUAGACCUGCUCUGGAUAGCUUCUCUUUUGUUUCCAUAAAGAUGGACUGCACAUAUGAUUGUUGAAGGCGAUGCUCGUUAUAUGAUAUCCUAGAACGCAUGUAGAAGCUUGAUCAUUUACAUUAAGAGGAGAGAAUAGGGAGACACAAUCGAACGAUUUUGAAUGACGAGGCUGCUGCCUGUCAGAAGAAAGUUUGACCGCCACUGCCAUAAUCAUCUUGCUUCUGUGUUCUCCUUUUAGGUGCAUGCUUAUCAUUUCCAGUGACGACGUCUGGUAUGCUUAGACCAAUUCUGCAUAACUUAAUUUGAAUACCCAUUGUCCGAGACAUCU